AUGACACUGUCACAUUUUUUGAAUGGAGUUCGCUGUGACGUCCAGGUCAUACAGGAGGGAACGUCAUUCAUCUGAGAUACAUUGGAUCCAGCUGUUGCACUUGCGCGCAUCGUUACCUUUAAGAUGCAAAAGGAAUAAUGCAUUGUUUUAAAGCCGACACCACCAUCUUAACAGUGUGGUAUGUGGAGUUUAUUGCGACCCGGUUGGCAGGUUCGUUCACAGUAUCGCCGAAUUCUUCUCUUUCGUGAACCGAGGAAUUCGCGGCGAAGGUGACUUUAUUUGAUGCUAAUGUGUAGUGCGGGCUUGCAUUAUUUGUCGGCCUACUAGUAAGUGGCGGGGGCGAGAGGACGGCACGAGACGGGGUCCGCGAGGAGGGUGCAUACACAAAAUACUUUCCCUUUAAAGCAGAGGGACAGAGGGGGAGAAGAAGAGAUAAAAAAAGAAAAGGAAGAAAGACAGAGAGGGAGGGAGGGAGAGAGAGAGAGAGAAUUUGAAAAAAAAGAAAGAUGUCAUCCUGUCGAUUGAAACACCGAGGCGGAGCCAUGGACCGCGGCCGACCAGGAGUACUCUAGUUAGGGGACGAGUUUUACGCAACGCCGAGGAUUUGGGACCCGUCGUUUCGGCCUUUUCGGAGCUAUCGAAAUAAAUGACUCCCGAACAGCUGCUGACUAUGAUUAUUACGUUUCGACUACACGCUCUUUACUACUUCUGUAUACAAAUAAUAUCUAUUUUGCAUGCAUUUCACCGAAUUUUAUUACAGUAGACAUAAGCAGAGUAUAUUAAAAUGCACCAUUAAAGCAAGCAUGAUACCAACCAUUUUGUCGCAUUUACUAAAGCAUUUUGUCAGUGCUUGUGGAUUGCCAGCAGAUUACCAUAUGAAAUCAUUACUUAAAGCAGACUAAUCACUGUUAAUUGGUCAAAGACGUAUAUCCGAUAUCAUUCCACAUUUCCAUUAACCCAGACAGGCACAGAGGAGCUGAGAUACAGGCCUCAGAUUUUGUUUUCCUAGCAGCAAACGGCAGCUAUUGGUGUUUCUUCCUCGGCUCCGUUGCCCUCCUCCCUCCCUCUUUGGGUAGCUUUUAGUUUUUGCUGAGUGCCAGCUCCCCAGCCUGUCCACAAUGGAUACUUCUUGGAGUAAUUUUCUCUUUCAGACGACUCCGACACAGAGCCAGCCCGAGACGCCUCUUCAGUCUGAACUCCUGCCAGAGCUGACAGGCUCGGCCCAGAGCCCGCCAGCAGAGCACAUCGCGCCGCCGCCGUCCACGGUCGACACGGCCGCUCUGAACGAGGAACCUCUGCCUGUCAAACCAGUCACCAAACCCAGCCGGCCGGCUCACAUCUGUGCCACGUGCAACAAGCAGUUCAAAAACAGCUACAACCUGCGGCGGCACCAGUCGGUACACACGGGCAUCAAGAUGAAGGACCGAGCCGCCCGCGAGAAAGAGGAGGGGGGGAAGGGAGGAGGAGGAGGAGGACGAGUGGAGAGGCAGACGGUCCCGCUCUCCCUGCUCCAUCUGACUCUGCCGCCUGUGCCGCCUCCGCCCCCCGCCGCCCCGGCUGCACCAGAGACUUUGCCCCAGCACGGGCAGCACAGCAAUCAGGAGGGUCAGCCCGUCUCUGUGUCCAUCGCCCCGGCAACCGUAACAAUGGCUGCACCACCUCAACCCAUCCAAGCUGCUGUUGUUGUUGUGGGUUCCAUGGAGCAGAAUCCCAAUCCCAAUCCCAACCCCAUCCCCAACCCCAACCCCAAUUCCAACCAGGUGAGGAAGAACCAUGCGUGUGAGGCUUGUGGAAAGGCCUUCAGAGAUGUCUACCACCUCAAUCGUCAUCGCCUGUCCCACUCGGACGAGAAGCCCUACUCUUGUCCCAUCUGCCAACAGCGCUUCAAGAGGAAAGACAGAAUGAGCUAUCAUGUCCGUUCACACCAAGGCGGAGUGGAGAAACCCUACAUCUGUCCUCACUGUGCCAAGGCUUUCUCCAGACCAGACCACCUCAACAGUCAUGUACGACAGGUGCACUCUACAGAGAGACCCUUCAAGUGCACGACCUGUACAUCUGCGUUUGCCACACGGGAUCGUCUUCGCGCCCAUCUGAUCCGUCACGAGGAGAAGGUGCCAUGUCACAUCUGUGGCAAGCUGCUGUCUGCUGCCUACAUCACCGACCACAUGAGGGUGCACAAUCAGUCCCAGCAUCACGCCUGCCACCUUUGCAAUCGCAGUUUCACCACCCUGACCUACCUGCGUGUCCAUGCCCAGAAGCACCACGGGCAAGAGUGGAAGGAGAGUGGCGGGGCGCGAGGGGGCUUUGGGGGGACAGGUGCCGGCGGGGUACUGCUGUGCCAGCUGUGCGGGGUGCAGUGCAAGACAGCCACACAGCUCCAGGGUCAUAUGGGCACCCACGCCAAUCCUCAGGGUGACCCAAGCCCCAACCCAACAAGCACGAGCCCCGUGGGCACUACCAGUGUUGCCGUCACAGUGUCCAGUGCUAGCACAGUUGGACUGCUGGUAACUGACUGCUCCAGUAUCGCCCCCCAGCCCCACAGCUAGCACCCUGUGAAGGGUGGGAGGGGGUGGGGACAAGGGGUAGAGGGUGGGAUGCGGGACAGGUGGGGGUGGGUAUGGAGACGGGAUUUAGGGCGAUCAUGGCACCGAAGAGAGUGGAUGCAUAAAGGGCAGGGCUGGCAAGACAGCAGCCAAACCAGAAGAUUUCUUCAUCAGCUGCCACAAGCGGACACAGACCAGGAGGGAAUUUGCUAUGGAAAUGCUUGCUUUGGUCAGCCUCGCUCACAGUCUUGUGAGGACAGUGUCUCUUUUGAACUUUUGUUUUGUCAUUGAGUCCCGGCUCAGUCAGUGGUAGGAGCAAACCUACAGCUCACAUUGGGGAACACACACCUGUGGUACGUUCAUUACAUACAUGCAGGGUCUUUCCUACAGAGGAAACUGAUAUUGUGAUCCAAGCUCAGUGGGUCAAAGCCAAGGGAAACCAUGGAUUAAACUACAAGGGAAUGUUCUCAUGAAUUAAUGUGGAUUUCUAUUCAUAUAGCUUUGUUAUUUUCACUUGCCAUUAAAUCGUUUUAAUUUUCAAUUGACUUACACAGCCUGUCAUGGUUUUGUAAAACAGUUGCUGUUUUAGAUAUGUUUUUUUCCAUGUUAUACCAGUGUUUGUUUCUGAUGGGAAAUUAACCAAAAAACGUCCAGUAUGCUAUGAAAUACAAUAACUUGGCUUGCCCCGUUUCUGUCCCAACUUGUAUUAAACAGUUUCCUAGUUUGCCUUUGUCAGAAUUUACUUUGUUAAGUGCAGGGAACCAUCCAACUAUGACCUGGAAAUAUCAACUGUGUGGAAGGGCCAUCAUGUAAAUACACUUUUCUAUAACUGAUAAAGGUAAACAGAUGGUUGUUUGUGUAUACUCCCCAUGGACAUUGAAUGUGCAUAACUUAUUUGCCUCAUAUGAUAUUUGUUCUUACUCUGGAUGCUGAUUUGUAAUUCUUGAAAAGGUAAAUUGCCAUGUAAUUUGUAGCUACCUUGGUGACACAUUUUCUGUGGCUGUGCAUAUUGACUGUAUUUGAUGCAUAGUGCAUAGCGCCUCGUUACUACUGUAUUAAAAGGCAGUAAAAAUGCA